AGGAGUGCAAGAAAAUAGAGAAGGGAAGCACCUUCUAUGAUUUUCAGUUCAACACGAGGCUUGUCAAGUCAACCAUUGUGCAUUUCCAGUUUUGCAGGUUUUGUAAAUAUGUUAUUAUCCUAUCCUUUAUGGACAUCUUUAUUAAGAUAGUAGCUCUGUGCUUCAACCAUUAAUUGGAAGGUACGGAGUUCUGUAUUCAUGUUAGGCCUCCAUAGAUGAAUGUAUUUUUUUUCAUUUAUUAUGCUGUAAUUGGCCUCCUGAAUUACUAACUUGAGUUUGAGAAGUGUUCCAGCUAAAAAUCUGGUCCUUUGGGGCCACUGUAACGCUCCUUGUUGAGACCUACACAUUGGUGAUUAUACAUUUUCAAUUUGAUGUAAUUUGAAGUUAGAACAUAAAAUCUUUGUUUAUUAUAAUUAGAAGUUAGCACUGAGCUUGUUUUGCUUAAACUUCUAUAAUGCUUGUCUUCCCUUUGGACUUACUUUUUGUUGAAUUUUUCAUGUGCCUGACUUGAUGGCAUCAGGCAUGUUCACUGGCGUUGUUAGCUGCAAAAUGUUGCAAUUGGUGGUAAUAUGAAAUCCUUGGAUUUGUGAACUGGUACAUGUAUUGAUAAUACCUACAAGAAUUUCUAUCAAGCUAUUUUUUUUUUUUAUUUUGUUAAUGAUUAAUGGAAGUUUGUUAGACCUGUACACUGUGGAAACCCAACAGUGGAUUAAAUGAUUAUUUUAGACAUGCCAAUCUUUGUUAACUUGUGUGUGUGUUGCCUCAACAUGUUAAUGAGGCAAGUAAAUAACUCUCUAGGAAUGGUUCUGUAACAAAACAAUGGCCUUCUAGUAUGACUCCAAUUUUUAGUCUAAUUAACCAGAGAUUAGAAUCCCUAGAUACUGCAGCCUCAUGGUGUGAAAUCCCCAUCCAAGUACUUUGUUUUGCACCAAUUUAUGUGUUCCAUUUUUCUAUCUAUAUGCUGACUGCUCUCUCAGUGAUUCGAAUGCAUGUGUGGGCUGUCUUCUACCAUGCACUACCGAGUUUUGGCAUUUCUCGUGGUUGUAUUUUAAUCAUAAGCUUCAUUUUACUUAAUUAUCCAAUCAGCAUUUUGCUAAUUGUUGUUUAACAGCCUAGUUAUUGAUUUGUUUUGAAGGGUGUAUCCAUGUUGUUACAAACACUGGGUGAUGCUGCAAAAAUGAAUAACAUAUCUCUGCAUUGCCAGCUUUAGUUGUGAUUAUAUUGUUUCUGUUGACUGUUUAAAUAUUUACUUUAACCCCUGUGGUGUUUAGGACUGCCAUUUUUUUUUAUUUCAGCCUUAAAAGCAGGAUGGAAGUUAUAUCUGAGCAGCUGGCGCAAUAAGGAUACAUUGUUCAUAUGCUGAGGAAUUUGUUAUGGGCAACAUCGAAGCAUGAUGUAUACCUUAUGCAGAACUACUCAGUAAUGCACUGGUCCUCAUUGCUGAGGAGGGGUAAAGAAGUACUAAACGUGGCUAAACCAAUUGUUUCCACACUGAAGUGCCCAGGAUCUUUGGGGCAGUCACUCUCAAGAGUGCAGAUAAGCACUAUGACCGUUAAAGAGAACUUAAUGGUGGCAGGUGGUUUUCAGGGAGAGCUUAUUUGCAAGAAUUUGAGUCAGCCUGGGGUUGCAUUUUGUGCAAAAUUAACCACAGAUGAUAAUGCCAUCACCAAUGCGGUUGAUGUAUACCAUAACCCCAAUGGCUCGCUGAGGGUCAUGGCUGCAAACAACGACGCUGAAGUUAGGAUCUUUGAUGCUGAGAACUUCGCUUGCCUUAAUCGGUUCACCUACCCUUGGUCUGUAAAUAACACCUCUGUUAGCCCAGAUGGAAAGCUGCUAGCUGUCCUUGGUGAUAGUGCAGAGUGCUUGCUAGCUGAUGCUCAGACAGGGAAAGUUGUUGCAACCCUUAAGGGGCACUUAGACUAUUCAUUUGCUUCAGCUUGGCACCCAGAUGGACGAACAUUGGCGACUGGAAACCAGGACACAACAUGUAGACUCUGGGACAUACGGAACCUUUCCGAGUCCCAGGCGGUACUUAAGGGAAGGAUGGGAGCAAUACGAGCUGUGAGGUUCUCUUCAGAUGGUCGAUUUAUGGCUAUGGCUGAGCCUGCAGACUUUGUCCAUGUCUUUGACACGGAGUCAGGUUAUGUGAAGGGGCAGGAGAUUGAUCUUUUUGGCGAGAUUGCUGGAAUAUCCUUCAGUCCUGACACAGAAGCUCUUUUUGUUGGGAUUGCGGAUCGCACCUACGGUAGCUUAUUAGAAUUCAACAGGAGGAGGUGUAAUCAGUAUUUGGAUUCCAUUAUAUAGUGGAAUGGAAAUCUGAAGUUGGCGGCUAAAAAUUGGGAAUGAAGCAUAAUAAUUUAUUGGGUUGAGGUGGAUGUGCAUAGGUAGCAUAGGUUGGAGGCUUAGAUUUUUGGCCUGUCGGCUUAAAGGUUGUUGUUUUCUGGUUUUUUGGAUAACCGAUUACAUUUUGGCUGCCCAAGUAGAGAAAGCUAGAGGCAUUUGGGAACUCUUUUUCUUGUAAAUGUGAUUUCCUUUUCGAAUCGGAAAUGUGAGAUAAAUUUUUUCUGGUGUAAAGAAUGUUGAUGUGAUUUUAUUUUGUAUGUGGAAAGUGGUCACUUGUUUAGAUUUC